GCACCGGUCACUACGUCAUCAUUCGCUUGCACCGUCAUGGCGUCUGUCUGUGUUUAUGAGCGGAUGAUAUGCGGUUGACGAAAGUGCUUUCGAGUAGUCGAUCGCAACGGCGUGGGAAAACGACGAACUGUUCUUGAUGGGUAGUUCUCAAAUCGCACGCAGCGAUGGAUAUUGACAGUGAUUUGGACCUUAAUUUGCUGCAGCAGUUUAGCUGCCUAGGAACGACCGACCGUGAUGUUUUAAUUUGCCAACUUCAGAAGGUACUCGGGUACCAGCUCAACACCACAGAAUGCGCGUUCUUUCUGGACAUGAACAAUUGGAACCUGCAGGCAGCUGUGUGCUCCUAUUUUGAUAUCGACACCCCCAAGGAGAACGGACCCUCCAUGACCCUCAUAAAGGAUGUUACCAUUGGCGAUGGGGAGGCUGUGCCUCCGAAUACGAGGUUUGUCAAGACCUGGAGGAUACAGAACACAGGGGACACUGACUGGCCGCCUGCGUGUUCGCUCAAGUUUGUUGGCGGCGACCACCUAGGACACAUGAACAGAGUGAGUGUGGAGAGUCUGAGGCCAGGCCACACAACAGACAUUUCUGUGGAAAUGUCAAGUCCUGGAAAGCCGGGAGUCUACCAGGGUCAGUGGCGGAUGUGCACGAUGGGAGGCCAAAUGUUUGGCGAGGUCAUCUGGGCCAUCCUGACAGUGGCUGAAGGGGGUCUGCUGGCGGUCACCCAACAGAUGGAGGCCUUCCACCAGCUAGGCUCCCCCACACACAACAGUGUUCCCUGCCCCACGGCCGCCAAUCCCUUCGCAUCGCCCAAAGCUGCAGAGUUGCCCACAGCAUGUGAACAGUCACCCUCUCCAUACUCGGGCUUUCCUGUCACCCGCAUUGACUGCCCUGCCGUCUGUGAUGUGCAGAACAGUAGUGAACCUCAUUCUCCCAUGCAGUCCGGCAUCCAUGAUCCGGACAUCCCUGGCGAGACAGUGAUCCAGUGCCCGCCUCCCACUUAUGAGCACGGCCAGGAUGAAAUGAUGUCCUGAGAGAAUGCCUCCAUGGUUGUUGUCAUCUUCUUCUGCGUCCACGUCCCUAACCUUUUCUUGGCCGCCGAGGGGCACCGGAAGAUGUGUGCCGUCACGAGUGUGUGCAUUUUUUGUGUGUGUGAAGCCCCGAUAUGGCGCGUGCUUGUUUGGCUUCCCAUGUGCGUGUGUGUCUGUAGACUUUGAACUGGUAGGCGACUGAGUGCAUGGCCGUCUCUCUCUCUCUCUUUUUUUAAAUUUCUUUUUCUAAUUCUAGUGACAGCGGUAUUCAGUACUCUGGGCUAACUGCUGUGUGGCUUUGUUGGUUUGGGCGUGAAAAGCUACGAAUGUAUCAUUACACUAUGGUUUUGACGUGGAGUGCGGUAUUGGGCUGUCUGCGCCAAGCCGUGAUAACUUUAACGAUGAAGAUUGAUCAAAUCCUCCUAGUACACUGCAUGAGGCCAGGGCUCCUUGAAGUGUUGGAAAUGAUCCUUUGCCACUGUUUCAUUGAUGGCAGUGGUAGAGUCAGGCUUGCUCCACACAGCCACAUGACGCUCUGUUGCAUCUUCAUCAUGAAGCGUUUUCUUGUCUGUUCCUUCUCAGAAAUGACACGCCGCUGACAUUGGCUGAUGCCGUUAACAUUGCUGGCAUCCUAUUUUUGAACAUAAAGUGCUGAGAAAACACUCUCGUGACAGAUGCCAGUGCUGCGAUCUUAAUGGCUGUGUUUAUCAGGCCUCAGUUUAAAGGGCUGAUGUGCAAAUUAACGUGAGGUAAUGGAUAGGAUGUCCUUCAAGUAUUUGCACCAAGUCUGUGUUAAUGCUGCUAUUGAUGCACAGUGGUUGACUUAGCUUGAGAAGCUAGCACAUAUAGAAAGUUAUGUACUGCAAGUAAAGCAUCAUUGAAGAUGUGGCCAGUACUAGCUAUGUAACAUUGAGCAUGUACUCUUCGUCCAUUGAAUAGGCAUGGAGGCACUUGGCCUAAUUCAAGAGUUUGAAAGCUCAAAGUUUAUGUGUAGCACAGCAAAACUUCAAAAACGAGUGUAUAAUUUUGUCCCUGUGGUCAGUGCAGCCGGACUUCAGCUGCAGUCUAGCCUUUUGGUAUUCUGGUGUUUUGGUAUGUAACUUCGGUGUCACGAUCAAUUCAGAUAGUUUGCCAUGUCCGCUUAGGCUGCGCUCUCUUCAAGUGGUGAGGCGAUUGCGUUCGCAGCUUUGUGCUGACAGCCGUGACUUCUGUUGUGUUUUGCGUAUGAGCCCAUUUUUCCUGAGCACGUGAGUGCAAGUGUUCUUGUACAGCAAAAACUGAUUUUGAGGCUUGUAGAGACAGCAGCAGUGAUUGCCAGGGCAAGCUGAUUGGUUUGCUUCAAUGUAAUUUUUGUUUCGCUCUGCAGUGGGGACGGGAAGAAGUGCAAAUGUACGCCAGUUGAAUGAUAUUUCAUGUUUGCGUUACUGGAUACUUACCUUUGUCUCAUUCUGAAAUGGUCUAAAGAUUGAACCGCUCUAUGCCGUUUCCUGUGACAUGUGGUGCUGGCUGUGCUAUACAGUGACCAUCUCACUUUUUGUUUUUUCUGUCAGUUCAAGACACUGAGUACUGGAACAAAAUGUUGGCUUAGAAACUUUUGGACUCUACUUGGUACAACCUGAUCCUACGGGGAAGUUUUUCUGUGAUUUGUUUUGGUACUUUGUUUUCAAUCGUACACAUCUUUUUAAUACGCUGCUGUCAUUACUUAGUUUUGUUUCCAUUGGUCGAGGGAAAAAUUCCUCCCCAGUUGCCUUUCUUUAGCUUGGUAACGUUAAUUUUUAGCAGACAGCUGGACAUAUGGUCAGAAACAGCUGGCAAAAGUGUGGCCAGUGACAGCGCUCAAUUCAAGUUCAGAGUAUGUUAGCGUACUCUUCGUUCAUCGCCUGGAGGCACGGGCGCAGCAUGCGUCUUGCAGAGCGAACCCGAGUUGCACGUCCAGAAGGAUGCCGUCUUCACCGGCCCAUUUCUUGUCGCCCGCUGAGCGUUUUUGUGCAAAACUUGUGCAUGUUUUUUUUAUUAGUUUUUCUGUCCCACAUGUGAAAACAGAGUUAUAUGAAAUAGAUUUAUAUUUUAGAUUUCUGUUGCCUUCAUUUUUUGCAAAUAUUGUUGUGAAUAUUGACCGCACACAACGUAGUAGUCUGUUGCAAAAAGGCCUCGAAAGUGUAGUUCUCUGCUUGCGGUCCAGUGGACUACCCAGUAGUUGUGCAGUGCACAUAGUGUUUAUAUGCCAUCCUGAACUCUUAUUCUUCCUCCUGGAGAGUAUGCAGCUGUUGUAGUUUGUGAGUAGCUGUACUUCUAGGGUUUGACACGAACAAGGACAUUUUGUAUUAUGGAUGCCUGUUUCUUUCCCAUUCCCCCACUAGGGUACUACAUGUCAAUAACCUUUCAUGCUGCAGGAAACGUCUUUGCGAAGAGUUUUCUGGAAAGUGGAAAUAUCAUUUGGUUUUUAUAAAACUGAUUGCAACAGCCAA